AUGGGUAACUACUCACUACACAUGAAUGUCUUUUGGAGCAUUCUGGAGCAUAUGGGACAUAAGGAGCAUGGAGGGACUUGGCGCAUGGAAGCAGCUCAACUGGACACGCAAAGGAAGAAGGGAGAAGCCAUCUUGAAGACCAGCUCGACCGUCCACUCGACCAACCGGUCGAGUUCCUCAACUCGACCGGCCAAGCUUCAACUCGAUCGAGCUGGGGAGUCAAAGUCAAACCCGAAAAAUGUUGCUUCCCCCUUGACUUUCCUUUGA